AUGCUUCGUUGUAUGACAAGAUUUGACGUUGGAAACGCUGAGGGUGAUUUGCCGACUGAGAGUCCUGAUCAGAAUGAAAGAAUGGAGGCAGAUAUUGAGGCGGAGGCACGAGCUCCUGAGCAUACUCCUGAGCCGAUCAGUGACAACGAAGAGGGUGAUGACGCUGACAGUUUACCUGAGAGCGAUGAAAGUCUUGAGGGGUAUGGAUCUCGGCAUGCUCAGCAUGACCAGGAUGAUAAAGAAGCUGAGCCCGAGAAGGAUGCUGAGCAUGACAAGGAUACUGAGCAUGGUGAUGAGGAUGAUGGGAACUCAACAAACCCUCCGCUACCAAGUAUGGGGGUCAUAAGUAGCCAGCGCCUCCAUCGGCAACCGAAGCGGCGGAGAGAUGAAGAUGAAUAA